UGGUGAAUACAGAGUGGCUAUGGGCAACCUCAGACAGGUGGAGGAGACGUCCUUAAGCAGCUGAACCGCACCGUGGUUGGACUUGGGGACUGGGCUGGGCUGCGGGACGAGCGGCGGUGGACGCUGUGCACGCUCGGUGCGCGGAUCCUCCUGCGGCUGCUGGAUUCACAAUAUGAUACCAAACCCAAAACAUGCUUUGGCUUGGCUGAUUCUCCCCAUCCUGCGCCUCCUCACACAUGCUGGACACUUAAACGUGAACGCGGGGAGGACGAGGCAUGUAGUUGGGAUGGAUAAAUGAGGAAUACGCAUGGACAUUAUUUUUCCCCCCGAGAAUAAUUGUUUAUAAUAACCAUCGCUCGCCUGCUUUGGCAAUGGAGAACCAAGCAGCCGAGCCGCAGAACUAUGAAGAUGUACAGAAAAGCGGGUAUCUCCGCAAGCAUAAAUCAAUGCACCGGCGAUUUUUCGUGCUGAGGGCGGCCUCGGAGCAUGGUCCCGCUCGACUUGAGUACUACGAGAACGAGAAGAAAUUCCGCAGUAAAUCACCUGUGCCCAAAAAAGUCCUGAACCUGGAGACUUGCUUCAACAUCAACAAGCGGGCAGAUUCGAAGAACAAGCACAUGAUAGUGCUUUAUACCCGCAGCGAGAGCUUUGCCAUCGCCGCAGACAGCGAGGAGGUCCAAAAUGAGUGGUACCAAGCAAUGCUGGACCUCCAGGGCAACUGUAAAACCCCUGAAGACUAUGGAAGCAGUGGAGAGUGUAGCUCUCCAUCUCCUGUUCCAACCUUCAAGGAAGUGUGGCAGGUCAAGGUUUGGCCUAAAGGUCUUGGACAUGCCAGGAAUUUAGUAGGCAUCUACCGGCUGUGCCUAACUGACAAGACAGUCAACUUUGUCAAGCUCAACUCUGAUGUGGCCUCUGUAGUGUUGCAGCUGAUGAAUGUCCGCAGAUGUGGUCAUUCAGAGAAUUUUUUCUUCAUUGAGGUGGGGCGCUCAGCAAUUACCGGCCCCGGAGAGUUCUGGAUGCAGGUGGAUGACUCCGUGGUGGCUCAGAACAUGCACGAGACCCUGCUGGAGGCCAUGAAGGCCCUUAGUGAGGAGUUCCGUCAGCGCAGUAAAUCUCAGUCUGUGGGAACCUCAUGUGGAGGUGGUACUGCUUCAAAUCCUAUCAGUGUCCCAAGCCGUCGUCAUCACCCAAAUCUGCCACCGAGCCAGGUGGGCUUCUCGAGACGGGCACGCACGGAGACCCCUGGAACAGGAGGCAGCAGCACGAGCACAUCACCUACAUCGCGCCACGGGUUUCCAAGGGCGCGAACAGCCAGCAUCGGAGCCAGGUCAGAGGAGAGUGGAGCAAGUGCCAAAGGGACGUGGGCCAGCUCCAGCCCAAGUCUCAAUGGAUCCUGCUCAACUACCCCAACACUGAGACCCAAGCCCACCCGGGCCCCAACCCCUGCUAAGAUUACCCUCAGCCUUGCACGUUACACACCUAACCCUGCUCCUUCCCCUGCGCCGAGUCUGUCCUCCAGCUCUGGUCAUGGCUCAGAGUGCGGACUAGUGGGGGCAGCGGUGGGAGGCAUGACGAUCUGCUCCUACCCUCGUGUAUCACAAAGAGUUUCUGUUUCAGGUUCACCGAGCGACUAUGGAUCCUCAGAUGAGUACGGCUCCAGUCCCGGCGAGCACUCUCUGCUCCUGUCAGGACAUCACGUACACGGAGAAGGCUCCUCCAGCUAUAUCGUCAUGGGACAGCGAGAGAGUCUGCUUGGUUCCCAUCAUCGCUCCAAAGGCAGACGGAUACUGCGCCGUUCAUCCAGUCGUGAAUCAGAGGCAGAACGCAGACUGCUCAGUAAGAGGGCUUCCCUGCCUUUGGCGUCCCACGAGCGGCUGACUCCACAUAGAAAAGAUGAAGAUGAUGAGGACGAUGAAGAAUACGCCAUCAUGUCGCAGAGCGCUAACAGACAGCGAGCUGAUUUGCACCAUGAUUCAGGCAGACUGAGAGUUGGGGGUGGGCAACUUGAUGUAGUAGGGGAGAAUAGGAAGAGGUCUGACAAAAGCGGGGGAGAAGUGGACAGAGGAGCAGCUGUGGAUAGUGGCUACAUGUCAAUGUUGCCUGGAGUGACGUCUCCUCCUGUUUCACUUUCUCUCUCAAUAGGUAUUUCUGACGCCGGUGCUAAACCCGGGGCAGAUGACGAAUACAUGGCCAUGACCCCCAACAACAGUGUGUCCCCCCCUCAGCAUAUCCGCCAGCCCAGUUCUGAGGGCUACAUGGUCAUGUCUCCCAAUAGCAGCAGCUCCACAGACCUGCAUGGACUAGGCAUGUGGGAUAGCAGGGGCAACAUGGAGAGCCGGGCUGCCAGUGACUACAUGAACAUCUCACCAGUCAGCAGCCGCUCUGCUUGCAGCACACCGCCUUCCCAUCCUGAGCAGCACCAACUUCAACCAAAAAUGUUCAACUCCUACUUCUCACUGCCACGAGCUUAUCAACACACUCUCUAUACUCGCUUUGAGGACGACUUGAACAAAGGAGAAGGAAAAAAAGAAGGCAGUGGGCACGAUAGUGCUGGACGGGGAGGAGGAGUUGGAUAUAGCAAGAGAAACAAAAUUGCAAUGGGCGCUGCUGGAAGCUGCCAACUUUCCAUGUCUUCCUCUUCUUUCUCCUCCAGCUCUGCCAGCAGUGAAAGCCUCGAAGACAAGUCCAUAUCAGUGGGGAGAGGGUUAAGUUUAUUAAGAACCGGAGCAGAAUACAAGAGUGCAGGAACAAGCACGAAAGAUGGGCGUCACCAUCAAAAACGUGCAUCGAGCAGUAAGAGUCCAAAGCAGCAAAGACGUGGUCGUCCCCUCAGUGUGUCUUCAGACAUUACUAAAGCAAACACGCUGCCCAGGGUUAAAGAGAAUCUGCCGCCAUCAGUGUCUCAGAAUGUUGGUGAGUAUGUCAGUAUUGUCUUCAAGGAAGACAGUAAAUAUGGCGAAGGACGAUGUGCAGGUUCCGAACGUCCUGUGAUCCAUGGAACGCUCCGACCCGUGAAUCAACCGCUCCUCUGCCAUGAUAAUCCUGCUAACCUUCCCCGCAGCUUCUCUGCACCAUUGUCCACCUCUGCUGAGUACGUCAGCAUGGAUUUAGGGAAAUCCUCAACACCAGUGACUCAUGUUAGAUCCACGUUCAGCACCCAACAGGGCCCACCAGCUGUUGCCCCCAAGGCCCGACACGAGCACGGCACGUCCUCUCCUCUGGCCGCAGAGGGCAACCUGGGCUACAGAACAAAAAUAAAGACAGCAGCAGUGCUGACAGAAGUCCCGCCUCCAUUUACGGACAGCAAAGCCUCAGAUCCCAGCACUUCAGCACGACCUGCCAUCCACUCUGGUCAACCCUUACCUGUGGAGCAGGAGACAGGUUUGGGCUUUUCCCCAGUGAAGUCCUUCCAGUCUCCGGAGCGGAGCAGCAGACUGGUCCGAGGUGACCAGCAGGGACGCCUAAGCCACUGCCCAGAGACAUUUAAUUCACCCCCCUCACUACCACGCCACGCAUCCUCUUCUACCUCCCUCUUCCCAGAGGGCAGCCAGGCAGCGAGCCAUCGGCAUGGUUUGGACUGCUCACUGUGGGAGAGCGGGCAGGCUGCUAGUAUGUCUGCCACACCUCCACCUCAAGCCUCCACCUCAUCUGGAGAACAAGGCCUUAAUUAUAUUGACCUUGACUUGGCCAUUAAGGAGAGCCCUCAAGCUGGAGUGGAGCACACCUCUUCUGCCUACAACAUGGGAGGAAGUGCUAUGGGUAGCAGUGCUGGCUCCAGCCUCAACACUUACGCCAGUAUUGAUUUCUAUAAAUCGGAAGAAUUGAGAGCACACCAGAACAGUAGAAAAGAUGGUCAAGACUGUUGAUCUCCAUCUUCGUCUUGGAUCUUAGAGUGACAGUCCGUCAGGGGACGGGUGGCAGCCCGAUCUGUUGCCACAACAGAACUGUACACUGGAGUCUGAACACUGAAACCCUGGAAAACUCAUCCCCAUCCCGUCUGCUGUUUUCUGUCAACCAAAUGUGUGCCAAACACACCACACACACAGACACACACAUACACACACAUAUACACAACACACAGUCACAGGGUAAGGAAAAAAUGUCUUUUUUUUAAACCUUGUUUUUAAUAAUAAUAAAAAAAGAACAUCUGAUCAUCAUUUAACUUCAUAUAGAUAAAGGAUGACAGUUAGGUGUGUAAUGGUGUGAGCUCACAGGUGGCCAUUAUGACAUUCAUGGACAGCCUGUUCUUCUUUUUGCCUACUUGAUCUAUAUUGUCAUGUUACUAACGCUCGUAUUUCAAAAACACUUUCAGGGAAUCUCAAAAAUGUCCUUAUUUGCUUUUAAUUGAUGUUUGAGCCAGUCUAUUGGAAUCUUGUGUCUCAAGAUUUCAAGUGGCAGCUGCUAUAAUGUAACAAUCUCAGCUGAGUUUUAAUGAGUGUUAAUUAUUGGAUCCUGUGGUUUUUGCCUUUGUAUUACUAUUUAUGCUACACCAUCCUUUGUCCAUGUAAGUUAAAGGAUCAUCAAACUGAGAAGGAAAGCGCAGUUUGGCAGAGGGCUCAUACACGUACACGCCCUGCCACUGUAAAUGUAUUUGAUUUAUCAUACACAGUUGCAAAAAAAAAGGCUUUACACUUAUUGAUCGCUGGUUUUGUGCUACCGAAGGACUUCAAAAUGUGCUUCUUUCUGGGGUGGUGGAUGGAAUUGGCAACGGAUUUGCGCUAUAGAAAUGAAAACACAGUUUCCUGUCAGUUUUUUGCAGACAAUAGGGAAGUGGUUGUGUGAAAAUCCCACAUAGCUUAUGCAAUCUUUGUGAAAUGCAUUAGAGUGUAAAGUCUGUGUUUUUUCACACAGAAUUCAGCUUUAUCCCCAAAGCUGCACAUGUGCACUCACACAGGAUAUAUGUUUAUGUAGCCGCAUAAACUUAACAUGUCCCAUCAUGCCAUGUGGUUCAUUUUCAAAAUGUAGCCAUUGUUAAAGCCUAGUGAAAGCUCCUCGGUGGUAUUUUGAGAUAUUUAAUGGAUUUGCUUAUACAAUAUGUGGUGUUCAGGGUUUGAUAGGAAACUCAUGAUCCCCUUCAUCCUUAUUCCCAAACCUAAGUGACAGUUUAAUAACCUUCAGUAGCUGCAGCUGGCAUAAGAAAAGUAAUUUCACUGGACUCAUAUAUGCUGUAUUUGUUUUACAGCAUAAAUCCAGCAGAAGAAGUCACAUGAAAGCCUUCGCUGUCAUGCAGGCAUUUUAUGAAAGUGAUUGAUGUCACAAUUAUACAGAAAAAAAACUGACAUAGAUGCUCAAUAAUCAAUUCAUUAACCAUGAAUGAGCGAAAGAUUUAAUUAAAAUGACCAGAUUGACCUAAUAUUCUUGCUUGUCUGCUUUGGCAUAGAAGAAAAAAUGUCAGACUUAGUUUAAAAACAACAGAUAUACCAAAUUUUGCCCAAAUUAUGAAUAUUCCAUUCUAGCUCUUCUUUAUAUUUAACUGAGAAGAAUGGCUACGUAAGCAGUUAUUACACAUGAACCGAGCACACGCGACAGCUUUCUAAUGAAUCUGAGCGCUCAAAUUAUCCCCCAAUUCCACUUGAUAACCGCAGCCAGCUGAAAAUAGUAAGGCAAAUCAAAAUGUAAGCCAUCUUUGUAACUAGUGUAUAAAAAAAAAUCAGUAAAUAUCUUAGGAGAAGAAUGAAUUUUGGAGUCCCUAACAGUCCCUUCAUGUUUUUAUGAGGACAGAUCAUAUACAAUAUUACAAGGCUGUGUGAAUAAAAAAACAAAGAAUGCAAUGAUUUGCAGUUCUCAUAAACCCAAAUUUUAACUCACAUUAGAAUAUAGGAAAAAUAUCAAGUGUUUAAAUGGAGAAAAAGUACUAUUUUAAUUAAAAUAGCAGCUCAUUUUGAAUUUUAUAGUGGCAACGCAUCAAAUUCCAAAUGAGCUAAUGUUUUUCAUGAAAUAGUAAAACAUCUGAUACGUUUUCUAAGCCUUACUGUGAAUAAAAUUUGGGUUUAUGAGUUUUACAAGUCGUUGAAUGCUUUUUUUUAUUUACAUUCUGCAUUUUGAACGAUUGUGUAGCACAAAAUCAUUGGAAACGUCAAAGUGUAAACACUUUUUGCAACUGAGCUUUUCUAUUAGAACUGUAUAUUAUACUAUAGUGUAUACUAUAGUAUAGAAUAACAGAAACUAUAGUACGUGCUGUACUUGUUCUCAUUUGCAUAACAGUUAACACAAUUCUUAUAUAAAGUAACACAUUACAAUGGUAUACAAAAUAUACAGUAUACAUAUAUUGAUUAAUACUAUUUAGCCUAGAUAUAUAUAUAUAUACAUAUAUAUAUAUAUAUAAAUAUAUAUAGUAUUUUAUAAAGUGCCUCAUUUUUGAUUGUAGCUGUUUUUACACAGGUAAUCUUAUGAAGGGUUGUGAAAAUGGGAAAAAAACAACAACAACAAAAAAACAAGUGUUAUUUCUUGCCUGAGUCUAAUCUGUGCAUUUGUUGAUCGAGAGAGAAAAAGCUGGGAACUUACAUUGCUGUCAUUCAACCAUAAUCAAAUUGCCUUACUGUGUUUGGAAUCAGAAACAUGUAAAACAAUCUCAUGCUCUUUUUUGCAGUGCCUAACACUUCAGCCACAAUGUAAGCACACACCCUCGCUCGUGUGUUUGGCUUUAUCAAGCUGUGGUUUGGCCAAAAAAAAAAGAAAGAAAAGAAAAACCAAAAAGAAAAAAAACAAUGAAAGGAAAACUCACCUUUUCAUCUUAGUGUAUUCACACAUUGGGAUGUGUCCACUUCUGCCCCAACUCUCCUCUUUUUUUACUCUUGCCCUCCACCAACCAGCCACUUAUUCAUGCUGGAGACUUUAAUGUAAACUCAUACUUAAUCUCUUUUAUAAUUUAACUUCCCCUGUCUCUGCACUGAGAAGAAAUUAAAACAGCUGCUUGGUUUGAACCCUUCUUCCCCCCCAAAAAAGAAAAAAUAAAUCAUGAGAUGAAGGGUGAAGCCAAUCCUGCUGGCUGGCUGCUUAUCUGGGCUAAAACAGUAUUAACACACUUAUCUAUUGUUCAGAUAUUUUUUGGGAUGUGGAUUCAGAUCCCAGAAGGUGUGAAUAGUACUACUUCUCUGUCACGCUUUAUUUUCUCUCUCAAACACGAGGUCUAAACUAUGAAACAGUGCCAUUCCUGCUCCCACACAUGACUUUCUCAUUUAUCCCAUUUGUAAUUUGCUGCUGUCAGAGCAAUUGCCAAAAAGGUCUUAAAAAAAACUCUUCAAAGAUCAUAGAUGUGACUUAAGAUGAAUCACUUUUCAUGAGACAGCCAUUGGGCCAAAAAAAAGAAGAAAAAAAAGGAAAAUGGUUGUUAAAAUUCAAAUGAAGUCAAAGUUUGUGAUACGCAAGUUUUUUCUGAAGGUUGUGUGAUUUAUAGUUAAUGACUGCUUGCAUACUGGAUCCAGUACCAUACUGGCAAGUUGAGCCUUGUUGGUGAUACUGAAUAUUGAAUAAGGAUGUGUUGUUAGCAGAUAUAAAAAGAAAGGGUCAACUCUAUGUUGUGUUGCAAUGCCGACCUCCCGCAGUAACUACACUGUCCGGGGCUCUGGCUUGCUUUUACAGGGUACAAACAAAGAUGGCUUUCUUGAUGUUGUAUUUUUGACACUGGUAGAUUUUCCCACAUUUAGAAACUUUGAUUUGUCACUAAGCGUAUGAUUGUGGCACUGCUGCUUGCGCGCUGUUAGACCCGAAGACAAAUGCGUGUGUUUUAAUCCUGUAGGUAAAAACUUCCACGUAGUUUACCGCCCUCCCUCCAGAUGUUCCUCACCGACUGACCCAGCCCUCGACUCACAUCUGAAAGGACACAAGUGCCUGGCUGUGAAUACUCGUGUUUGGCCGUUAAUCAGUUGUCAUUGUCAGUGCGUAGAAGAAACAAUUAAAGUCUUCCUCACAUUUUUUUUAAUGUUUAGUUCGAGGUGUGCGACCUUUUUUUUGUAGCAGACUUGUCUGUGGUGCCAAAGUUUUAUGUGUUAAGGACCUCUGUCACCAAGGUAACACAAAGGUUGAAUCAGUUUUCUUUUUUUUACAAAUUAGUCAGCCACUUAUCAGUCUGUUUUUAAUCCUGAUGGGUAAAAAUAUUUAUAUAUCGAUUCAGCACUGCCCACUACUUCUAGCGUUUUUGGCCAAUACCGAGAACUUUAACAAAUCCAUACAAACACUUUUGACUUGUUCCACUUUUAUAACUUGUGUUACUCUUUUGGUUGUGGUGAUCUUUUAUAAUCUCUUUGUUAUUCCUUCAGCGCAGCUCGUCUAAUUGGGGAUUACCGAGAUUCUCUGACUGUACCUCAUAAUCUCAUGUCCGAGCAGACGCAACAGUUGGUGGCAAAGCCCCUCGCAGAGUCUGAGAAUGGUUCCUGAGGAACACGUAAAUAAAAGCUGUAGAUUGCGGUAAAUAUUUGUGUAUUCAAAACUACGUCAGCAGCAGUCAGCGGCAACUAUUCCACUCUCAUGACACACAGCGGUAGUUACGAAAUGUUUCUCAUCUGCCAAUCAUCUGCAAUCUGCCAAGUAUUCUGUUUUGGUGAAUUACGGAGACUCGUGUUGUCUUUUCUGGAUAUUUUAUAAGAACAUGCUGAUGAAAAGGAGGCACAGAAAUUGCUCAACAGAACUCUAAGUGUGGGAAAUGAUGCUGUAUGUACAAUCAGGAUAGCGAUUAUAAUUACAAUGGAAGAGCAUUGUAUGUAUUUUAAAUCUAUUGAUACUACUUUGAUAAUGAUGUAAAAUGUACAAAGGCUGAACAGGAACUAUAGGUAUGUAAAGUAUACUGUGUAUAGAGGAGUUUGCUCCAGGGGUGGGAUGGGCAUGGGGUUCAUUCUGUUCAUGGCGAAAUUGUUUAAAACAGAAUAUUGAUGAUUCUUGUCUGUGAUGUAGACAACGUCAAUGUUUUUUUGUUUUUUUGAUAAAAAACAAAGUUAUAUGGAAAAAAAUCUGAAAAAUGUGUCUUUUAUUGACCGUGUGUCUGAAGGUAAAUAUCAAAAUUUGACGAGUUGUUGUGGUCAACUGAGUCUAGACUGAGUUUUAAAGGAUAAGACGGUGGACAGAGGGUGUGUGUAUUUAAUCCCGGGUGACUCAGUUUAAACAGAUGGUAUUUUGGCACCAAUUAAGUUCAUAUAGGUAAAUAACAAAACUACAGUGCUUUCCGUUAUUCGGCUUCUCUAAGAAGGAAAAGAGGGGGAAAUGACUGAUACAACUGCUAAUGCACAUUAACAGCUAAAUAUCUCAAAAAUGUUCAAUAUCAGUUCAAAGUUCCUCCGUGGAGCCUUUGCCUUUACGAAAAAAUACAACAGAGAUAAAGAAAAAAUUUGAUUUCAUAUGUUUAAUUUAAACAGGAAAUCCAACUUAAAGCAAAUAAUUGUUUGUUGCAGUUUCUGUCAGAGCUCCACAGGUUGUUAAUGUUUGAUGUAGACGCAUGAAACAGCCAGUAGAGGGCGCAUGAUGAUAAGAACUUGAAUUGGCCAGUUGUUUUUUUACAGCCGUAAAAGGCUGAUGGGGUAUUGACGUCACGCUGACAGUCCGGCAGGCAGCGUGGACACCUAGGUUUGGGAAAGCGAUGUGAUACCAAGGGUACAUCUACUAACAAUCUAGGAUGAGUUUGAAUCUCAGUGACCUCAAGGUCAAAGGUCAAGUUCUCUGAAAAUCUUUUGAACACAUAACUCAAAAAGGAAGUCACAUAGGAUUUCCAAAAUCUUGUGCAAUAACUGCAAUAACUUGAGAACAAGUCAAAGCAUGAUUUUGAAACUGAUGCUAUAGCUGUGUAUGCUGGUAGGCUGAGGGGUAGCACUGACAGUUGCCAGUGUUUUUGUGCCGUUUUGUGGUCAACAUAAUAGUCCUGCCACCUUACAGCUUACAGGCCUUCUGUGUGGAGUUUGCAUGUUCUCCUUGUACCUGUGUGGACUUCUUUUUAUAGCCCCAAAACAUACAUGUUAGGCUAAUUUGUGAAUUGAAAAUGGCCAUGGAUGUGAGGUCAAUAGCAUCAAGUGCUGUGUGAGAAUGUGUGGUUAAAAUGUGUGACUUAUAGUUAAAAAUGCUUUGAGUGGUCAGUAAGACCAGAAAAACACAUUACAUUAGAUUAUUAUAUACAUGGCAAUCUUUAAAUAGCCAAAAACGUAAUUCAGCAUCAUCAUCAUCAUCAUGUACAAAUCAAAUGUAGGAUUUAAAAAGUUUCCAGUUUAUCAAAUUGCACUUACUGAGCAGUUCUUAGCUUUGAAAAUAAUGUCUCAUCUUCCUCUCCUGUGCUCUUUCUUAGAUCUUGCUCCAUCUCUCAGUGUCGUACGUAAGCGUUUCCUAUUCUCUCCCUGGCAAAUACACCUGCAGGCAUUUAGCUAGCAGACGCAUUUUAUCACAAAUGUUUGUCACAAAGUGUUGCUGAGAGCUAAAUAUACAUAUUAGUACAUACCCGUCCUGUUUGUCCAGCUGUUUGAAAAAAAGAAAGAAAACUUUAUUUACAAAUGCCCCAUGAACGCACCACAGGGAUGAGAAGGAAAGAAGGGUGUUUGGAGCGUGUAAGGAGGGCUGUGGGAGGUCGUUAUUUUCUCACUUGCUCAGUGCUAUCAGUGGAACCAACGCCAGACUGCAGCAUACGACAAAUGAGCUAAUUUGUCAGUAAUACUUUGUCAGCAUUAAUCUGCUUAUGAGACUUAAAUGCUCAUUAAUUGAAGGUGUGCUGGCCCACUUCAACCCCUGAGCUAGAGAUGAGGUUUAAACAAUACAAUUCAAUGCAAGCUUGUGUUUAAUGGAGACUUUGUAAUAUUAUGCUUGGGGAAGGGAAGGGACUCCUCUAAUGAUACAACAGGCAUAAGGCAAUUAUAGAGUUAAGAGCCCAGAUCUGCAAGAGCAGCUGUGAUUGAGAACACAGUGUUCUGAGACAUUCUUUGUUUGGAUUUUGUACGAUUCUUUUGUAGCCAAAAGUGUUUUUCUCUGCUAGAUGGUUUUCUGAAUCUCUAACAUGGUGUGGGAGAUUUAUUUCUCACUUGCAAAAGAUAAGUGUACAGUGACUUCUAAUUGGAGUUUGGACAGAUUGAGAAACAAGCAAAAGUGCAAAAGUUGAGGGGCUUAGUUAGCCUAUUCAUCAUGGAAUAAAACAAAUUCUCUCCUGAUUGUCACUUUGAUACACAGCUAUCUUGAGUUAUGUAACUUUAUUUAAAGGACACUGUGACCAUUUGGGAUCUAGUGUGCACUGUGAGAGGAGGUAAGUUACCUACUUCGUCUGCAUGCUUGUUCCUCAUAAGCUGUUAAAGCCAGUGUUAAAGUAAAUGAGGACUUUGUAUUAACUCGAUUUCAAUAUCUGACUGCCAAUGACUAAGGAAGGACACAAGGCUGCAAAUGUGUUGUUUUAUUAGAAUGGAACCAGCGACUUAUUGACACAUCGAAACACAUGUGGAAAUGCAGUAUGAGAGUUUGCACAAUUCUAUCAAGCUUGCAAGUCAAUAUUUGGUAUGUCUGACUGACCGAAAGUGACUGAUCGUGUGCUAUUGUAUUUUUCUAUCCAGGUAUAGUUUUCCUUCAUUGGCAUUGUGUUUGGAAUCAUUAUUAAGCUGGAGAAUCAAGCUGUUGCCAGUGAGACAUUUUCCAGAUAGUGGUACUGUUGUACUCCUCUCAUGACCUCCUUCAUAUUGAAAUUUUAAUUUAUCACUCCAUUGGACAUGUUGUCACAGAUUUUCAGUACAGUUCUUGUGUAAUUUGGCACACCUAAGCCUUUUCCCCCUGUUUCCAUUCAUCAAAAAUUGCCUCUUGACAGCCACCCUUUCUGAUAAGGCUUCAGUGAACAGCAAACAGACUGGCCAGAGGUCAGGUCUAGGUGGAUUGUUUCACCUUAAUGACAUUACAAUUUCAGAUGGUAUCUAUCUAUCUAUUGUAGGGAUGUUUAGCUUAUUUUAGAGUUUAGACAUGUAGGAACGUGUGGGUGUUGUUGUGUGCCUUGUAUCAGAGCUUUGUUCGUAAGACUCAUCAAUUGUGCUGUGGGAGAAUCUGAUACAAAGUCUAACACCAGGAGACCACUUUUGGGAAAUGGGGAGUCACAGUAUGAAAACAUUAUGGUGAAAGAUUUUGUUUAGUUUUAUCUGCCGUAGGGCAGAUAAAAAAGGGGGUUUGUAGGGAUGUUUAGCUUAUUUUAGAGUUUAGACAUGUAGGAAUGUUUAGUUUGCUUUAGAGUUUAGAAAUGUGUUAAGAUAGAAUCUAGAAUUAUUGUAGAGACACUGACACUGCCCUCAAUGUAAUAAAGGCCUGAUUGUGUCAUGAGCUUAGAAGUAGAUUUGUAACUGGAUAACUGUGGUCUGGAAGGGAGAUGGGUUCUUAUGACCUCUAGGGAGUCACGUACAUAGAGACACACACCCACAGUGUUUUAACUGAUAUACUCCCGCACCUAUAUGCACACUCACUCACGUGCACGCAACAUCCCACACAGAUGACACUAUAUUGGAACAUCGUCACAUUCGUAGGACACAUGGCAGGGAACUGACAGAUCAUCCAGAGGCCGUUAAAGGCCUCUCACAGUUGCCUCACACACUGUGGUCACAGGGGCCUACGGAUGUUGGCUUAACCACCUGUUCGCCUGUGACCGUUGAACUUAAAUCUGACAUUCCAAUAUGGCGUCCGCAGUACCGACAUUCACCACAGGCAGAGGAAGGCAUUGCAGAGACUAUUGAAGGGCUGUUAAAGGUGGGGGUGUUGGAGCCUUCCACGUCUCAAUGGAACACGCCUAUUUUGCCAGUGGAAAAGCAUGGCACAGGUAAAUAUCGUAUGGCUCAUGAUCUGCGGGCCAUUAAUGCUAUUUUGAAAACUAAAACUGUGCCAGUUCCUAAUCCAUUUACUGCAUUGACAAAUCUCUCCCCAGAUCAGCGUUGGUUUACAUGCAUUGACCUGGCAAAUGCCUUCUUUUGCUUACCUUUGCACCACUCUCUGCGUGAUGUGUUUUCUUUCUCUUACAGGGGUCAACAGUUAAGGUAUACUCGGUUGCCACAGGGAUUUGCUCUGUCACCGGGGAUUUUUAACCAGGUGUUGAAGCAGACGUUGGAACCAUGCGUGAUGCCGGCUGGCUGCACUCUGGUUCAAUAUGUUGAUGACCUCCUGAUUGCCGCUCCCACGGCAGACGCUUGCUUUCAGGCCACCAUGACCGUGCUCAGGAGACUGGCAGACGCGGGCUUUAAAGUGAGUAAAGACAAAUUACAGUUGGUGAGACCACAGGUGACUUUUUUAGGGAGAGAGGUGAAACAGCAUAUGGUGGGGAUGAUGGCUGCUCAUAGAAGUGCCAUUCUCUCCCACCCGCGGCCGGAGACUGUGAAAGAGAUGCUUUCCUUUUUAGGUCUCACAGGCUACAGCCGGCAGUACAUUCCGGACUAUGUGGGCCGCACUAAGCCUUUGCGUGACUUGGUGAAGCAGCAUGGAAUGAGAGACCUGACUGCUAAGUUGAACUGGACUACUGAAGCUGAACAAUGCUUUAUUUCUCUGAAACAGGACCUUUCUUGAGCAGUAGAUUUAGCUGUGCCAGAUUACAAUAGGGACUUCUUUUUGGAUGUUUCUGAAACAAAAGGGGUGGUGAAUGGCGUUUUGUUUCAGAAAAAAGGGCGAGGUAGACAGGUUUUGAUGUACAUCAGUGUAUGCUUAGACAACAUGGAGAAAAGGCACCCUACAUGCACUCAGCAUGUAGCUGGAGUGGCAAAGGCCAUCCAGAAAGUAGCACAUAUAGUUAGAGGACACCCACUGAGAGUUUUAAUAACACACAGUGUUUUGGCUUAUGUUAACUCACAGGCCUUCACCAUGACCCCACUUAGACAACAGAGGUUCAGCAAAGUGCUGGAGGCCCCAAAUUUGACUUUUACACAUGAAGGGAUAAACAUGGCAGACCAAAUGGGGUCAGGGGAACCGCACGACUGCGCUCAGGCGGUCUGGAAAGAAGAGAAGACAAGACCAGAUCUCAAAGCGGAAGCCAUGGAAGGAGCAGAGGAUCUCUUCACAGAUGGCUGCUGCUUUAGGGACGAGAAGGAGGGGCUCAAGGCAGGCUAUGCAGUGGUAAGUAAGAGAGGGGAGCAGCUGGAGGUGAACAAAGCAGCAAAGUUGGAAGGGCAGCAGUCAGCGCAGAGAGCAGAGGUGAUUGCACUGAUUGAAGCCCUUAAAUAUGCUCAAGGAAAGAAGAUAAACAUUUACACUGAUUCAGCCUAUGCCUUUGGAGCUGCACAUGUGGAGCUGGGUCAGUGGAAGAGAGCUGGAUUCCUCACUACCAAUCAACAACCAAUCAAACAUGAGAAGGAGAUGAAGGUGCUGGAAGGACCCCUGGAGGUGGCAACAAUAAAGUGCAAGGGCCACGACGAUUCGGCCACCUGGGUUGCUCGAGGUAAUCGAGCAGCAGAUGAAGCAGCCAAAAAAGUGGUUGGUUACACAGGGAUCAGACAAAUGGUAAGUAUGGGAAUGGAUUGGGAAGAAAAUCCAGGGCUGGAACGCGAAGAGAUCAUAAAAGAACAGGAGAAGGCCUCUCCAGAAGAAAAGUCACUCUGGAAGGAGAGAGGAGCCAUAAAGGCAAGCAACAUUUGGAGGGGGCCAGAUGGAAGACCAGUGUUGACGGCAGAUAUGGCAGAGAAAAAGAUCAGAGAAGCUCAUGGUCUUGGGCAUGUGGGUGUGGCCCAGAUGGAGAGGAAUCUCUGUCAUUGGUGGCACCCAUUCCUAAAGGACAUGUUGAGGGAGCAUGUGCGAACCUGCCUUAUCUGUGGCCAACACAAUCCUAAACCUACAGUGAAACCAGAGAUGGGUAAGUUUCCCCUGGUCCAGAGGCCGGGGCAGGAAAUAGUGAUUGAUUACACAGACAUGGUGACACCAGCGAGGGGCUUCAGAUACCUGCUGGUAUGUGUGGAUAGUUUGACAGGGUGGCCAGAGGCGUGGCCAGCCCGGAGAGAAGACAGCGCAACAGUCAUUAAGUGUUUGAUAAAUCAUUACAUUCCCUGGCAUGGAUUCCCAGAGAGAAUUAGAUCAGAUAAUGGGACACAUUUUAAGAAUAAACAUUUGCAGGAAGUGGAAUCCAUGCUAGGGUUGCAACACAGGUUUGGGACCAUUUAUCAUCCACAGUCUCAAGGUAAGGUUGAGCGAAUGAAUCAAAACUUAAAAAAUAAAUUGGCUAAGAUCUUUGCACAGACCAAAAUGGAUUGGAUUGAGGCGUUGCCAAUAGCCUUCAUGAGCAUUAGAUGCUCAGUAAAUCAGUCUACCGGGUUCACUCCUUAUGACCUGUUCACCGGGAGACAAUUUCCUGGACCCACCGCAGGGAUACCAGCCUUAAGACAAGAAAUGCCUACAUUUGAACAUUUAAAGCAGUUUAAAGCACUAAAAGCUCUUGUCUUAAGUUUUACAUCACAGGUGACUGCAGGCCAAGGACAGGAGCAGACGGUGCCAGAGGCGAAGUGGGUGUGGCUGAAGGUUUACAAACGGAAGUGGAACGAGCCCAGGUGGACAGGCAGUUCAGCUGAAGGGGAAAGGUGAAACCUGGUACCACUGGAGCCAGUGUGCUGUAGCUGAAGAGCCUAAGCGGUCGGAGAGGCUCUUGGCAAAAGAAAAGAGGGGGAACUCGGCUGAGACCCCUCACAUGGAUCCCAGCCCAGGGACAGAAUAAAUCCCUGAUCCAUGCAACGACUGAAGGGUAGUCUACCCCGGAAGUCGAAGAAAGAAGAGCAACAGAGGAUCGCACAACCCAGAAGAUAAAGGUGGUUUUAUAAAAACAAGUGAAAAGGGAAAACUAUAUUGGAUAAAAAGGGAUAAGAUAAAAAAAACAAAACAAAAACAAGAUGGGGUUAUGGGGAAAUUGGAAAGAAAUGGUAGUGUUAGGAGUGAUGACUGUUGUUAUUGUAACUGUGAUUUUUCUUCUAAGCGAAUUGCCCAGAGACAGACUUGAAUCCACUCCGGCGACUCCACCAUCACAGGCCACGGCGAAGCGAACCAAACGCAGUGAAACAGGUAAAUCAGAUGAGUGUUUGGAUUAUUAUGGCGGUAUAGAGUUGGACUACGUUAAAGGGUCCACUACCUCGUAUACAUUCGACCUCUGUGCUGUCAUUAAAUGUAAAUGCUUAAACAGUUCAUGGCGGGGAUAUGAUGUCUGGGUAGGUUACAAUCCAAUGGUAGAUAUAGAGUGUAAUAAUCAGAAGCUUGGCUACCCCUAUCACACUUAUUGGAAGGGCCCGUGUGACUACUGGUCUACCAUAGUGGAGUAUUCUGGCACGUGGCGCCCCUAUAAGGACACCACGUGGCAGAAGCUUGGGUUUCAGCGGGACUUCUCAGCUGGGCAGAACCCGUUGACCCUGUCACUGAAUAGUUGGCUUGACACUGUGUGGCCCACUCGAUCCGUGGUGUACUUAGUCAUAGGAGUAGACGUCUCAGGGAAGGACCCAUACGGUCUGGUUAAAAUUAAUUUUAGAGAUUUUGCACCUGAUGUGGCUGAAAUAACUGUAUCAACACCUCCCCCACCAUUGCCACUUUCUGAAUCGGGCCCACAAAUAAUUGAGGUAGAUUAUACAAGACUAAAACCUAAACAGCUCAUUUCAAUGGCCACUGGCUACCGUGAAAGCAAUUUAUGGCUAGACUGGCUUAUCCAAAAUGCUAGGGAACAGAAUGUUUCAGAUUGCGUGGCGUGCGCAGCUGCCCGCCCACAUCUUUUCACAGAACCGGCUCCUUUACAUCCCGAAGACCAGUGGGGAUUUGAGUGCAUGCUCAGACUCACUAGAGAAGCGGUUUCUGAAGGUAAUUGUACUACAUUAGCAAGUUUGUUUCCACCAAUAGGUAAUGAUACUGUACUUGGUCCCUUCACGCCAAGAAGAGCCAACUACACGUGUUUUAACUUUACUGUAUCUUUCCCUGACAGACAUGAGCAUGAGGCCGGGGAGAUUAACGCUGAUUGGUGCACUGUGACGUACCUGGCCAGAGGAAAGUUAUCAAGAGACACCGGCACCGAAAUAGGCCUGUGGGCACGUGCUGGUUUGUAUUAUUAUUGUGGUGGGUAAAGAUUGUAUGUUAGAAUUCCUAGUGGGACUUCUGGGCUCUGUGCCAUGGUACAUUUAGGUGCACCUCUUGUUUUAGUAGGUGAAAAGAGGGUGCGGCUGGCUAAGCCCGGCACUGCUCAACUGACAGCCAGGCGGAGACGUCAUGUGUUGGCCAAACGGUCACCAGGAUCGUUUGACCUUACAAUAGGAUCACUAACAUACAGAGAUGCUAUUGGGGUUCCUAGGGGUGUCCCUAAAUGAAUUUAAGGUAGCGGACCAAAUUGCUGGAGGAUUUGAAAAUUGUCCAAUGAUUUCUGCAUUCUUUCCAGUAACUCCUGGCAAGAAUGUGGAUCGUAUUAAUUAUGUGCACUUUAAUGUCCUGAGACUGGCGAACCUUACCAGGGACGCGGUUAAAGGGCUUGCUGAACA